UCGACGACAGCUGUUUGACAGUUCGCUUUAUUUUCGAAAGAAAAUUCGCAUAUCUUCGACAGAAGAAAAGCUUUUUGUUCUUUGUUAUUUGUUUAUUCACUGUGCAAUUUGAAGGUGAUAGUGUUUUUCUGUAGAUAUAGAUGAGUUAGUUUACGAAGUGAUAACGGUUGGUGAGAUGUACACUAUAAAUAGAUUCGCUCGCAGUUUUGUGAUGGUUGAUCAGACAUAUUGAAGUGGCUUAGGAAAUAUGGGUAGAAGAGAGGAGCCGGCAUGGGCCAAGGGGACGGUGGGGCUGGCGGCGGCCCGGGAGCGCGGGGACAUAGACCGCCAGUUCCAAACCCGACUGACUGUGACACGCAGCACGAUCGACCGCCUUGGUUUAGAGAAGGAGCUCCACGGUCAUAUGGGAUGCGUCAAUUGCCUCGAAUGGAACUACGACGGGUCGGUGUUAGCAUCAGCAUCAGAUGACCUGCACGUGAUCCUCUGGGACCCGUACCGGUACAAGCAGCUACACAACAUCCCCACUGGACAUACUGGGAACAUAUUCUCAGUUAAGUUCCUAACCCCGGACAUCAUAGCGACAUGCGCGGCGGACGGCACGGUGCGCGCGCGCAGCGUGUGCGGCGGCGCGUCGCUGCUGGAGUGCGCGUGCCACUGCGGCCGGGUCAAGCGGCUGGCCGCCGCGCCCGACAACCCGCACCUGCUGUGGUCCGCGGGGGAAGACGGCCUUGUGUUGCAACACGACCUGCGCACCUCUCACCGCUGCAACUCGGACACUGCUAACGUGUUGGUGAACCUGCUGAACCAUAUGGGGCGCUACGCGGAGGCCAAGUGUGUCGCCGUCAACCCCCGCAGACCGUACCAAUUGGCCGUGGGGGCGAAUGACUUCUACGUCCGCCUCUACGAUACAAGGAUGAUUAAACUGGCCAAACUACAGGUCGGUUCGCCCUCGAAUAAUUCGGCGACUAAUAGACUGAUGUGGGAACGGCAGAACAUACGGUGCUCGCGGGCCGGACACGGAGACCCCGACAACAACAUCCCACGCGGAGCUGUCACCUACUUCGCGCCAGGCCACCUGUCAAUGGAACCAAAUGAACACACGUUUCCGAAGAAGGCGACAACGUACGUGGCGUUUAGUCACGAUGGAAAUGAGCUGCUAGUCAACCUGGGGUCAGAACAGGUAUACCUAUUCGACGUGAACGCGGGUCGUCGCCCGGUCCUCGUGGAGAGCUUCAUCAUCCAGCACAACCACUCGUACCGCGAGGGUGAAGAGAAACAACCGCACAAGAACGGAACAAAUGGCACUACAGCGGCCCCCGAGCCACCGCCUGUGCUGUCCGAACGCGUGCUACAUAUCAAGGAGAUGGCGAACGAGCUUGUAAACAAAGGCAACUACUCUACAGCCGUGGACUUCUACAACAACGCGAUCGCGGAGUGCCCCGACUGCGCGAUACUCUACUCCAACCGCGCCGCUGCUCUUAUGAGGCGUGGCUGGGCUGGCGACACCUACGCCGCAAUCAAAGACUGCUACAAAGCCAUCAAACUUGACCCGACACACGUCAAGUCUCACUUCAGACUCGCCAAGGCUCUGAUGGAGCUGCAGAGGCCACGAGAGGCCAGCGAAUGCCUCCGGUACUUCAAAGACAAGUUCCCGAGGCAUUCGACGAGCCAUGCAGUGUUUCUACUGCAGAAGGACAUCACUGUUGCCUUGGAGGGCAUGGAAACGCAGCCUGAUGAAGUCCCGGCAGUGGGCGGCAGUAUGGGUGAGGCGGAGGAGAACACAGCCACGUCAGUCCUGGAGCGGCAGCUGCGGGCCUCCGCCGCAGACUACACGCAGCGGCUGCUCGGACACUGUAACACCACCACUGACAUCAAGGAGGCCAACUUUCUCGGCCCGGAUGCUAACUUCGUUGCGGCCGGGUCUGACGACGGAAGCAUGUUCAUCUGGUGCCGGCGCUCGGGCAACAUCGUGCGCUGCCUGAAGGGUGACGAGUCAAUCGUGAACUGCCUGCAGCUGCACCCCUCCAUGUUCCUGCUGGCCACCAGCGGGAUCGAGGCCGUCGUGCGUCUCUGGAGUCCCAGGCCGGAGGACGGGCGGACGGAGGGACGCGUGGUGUCGGACCCGGGCGGUGCGGCGGCCGCCAACCAGCAGCGCAUGCGCUCCGACCCGUUCGAGGCCAUGCUGCUCAACAUCAGCUUCGCGGGCGGCGCCUCGCGGGACCUGCACUCGCCCGCCUGCCGCACUACAUAGGAAAUAUUCUAGAUUGAGGUAACGAAUUGACGCCGUGGCCAGCCUCCCCGCCACUAUGAGGUCAUCACAUGGAGUCACUGUAAAUAUACAUUAUAAUACAUUAUUCCUGACAUUUUCCUUUGGGGCCCUGACCAUAACCACCUAGCAAUAGACAAAUGAGCAGAAAGAGAGCAAAGCAGAGGACUAUGGUGAACCGGACAAUUUAUCAACAAACAGGGUGUUGCAUCGUAACAAAUACUGAGGGGGAUAAUUCAGCUCAUGAUUCUGAGUUAAUAUCAAGUGGAAUUUCUCAUUAAUCAGAAUCAGUAUCAUAUAAUCAACGUAAUUAUCAUGGAUAAACUUGUUGAAGGCUAAUUUAACAUUUUUGAAUCUACGUCAUUUCGCAAAGUAUUUUGGCUGAGGAGAAGAAAUGACAAGACACUGCAACAGCAACACAUCUUUUAAAUAAAUUUAGUACAUUACAAUUUACUUAAUAACUAGAGGAACACAUUUAAUACCAGGCAUUUUUAUCACAUAGUUAAUAAUUAAUUUUAUAAUCAGCCGUUUUUACAUAAAGUAAGCUUCACGUAAGCUUUUAAUUAAAAGCUUUUUCUGACAAAUUCAAAAAAUAUUAUCUCAAAAAAUGCAUUAAAUUUAUGAAAAUGUUAGUGCAUAUGUAUUUUCAGUUCCAAACUUUUGCGACGGAAAAUUCCACUCGAUAUCGACUCAGAAUCAUGGACUAAAUUAUCCCUCGAAGUUUUCGUUACGUUGUCACUAACACCCUACGUAACCGCCAUUUUGAAAAAUUCUGAUGUUAUUUUCUUAUUUAUUUAUUUAUUUGUACACAAUGAAACAGACACCAGAAACAUACAAAGAAAACAGAUAGUACAGGCAAGCUUAUCUCUAAACAAAGAUAUUUCUUCAACAAAACCACGAUUUUUUUCGAUUAAUUCCAAUCUGGGUAAAAAUUAAAACCAUUUUUUUUACCUGUAUUGAACCUAGCGUAUCUACUGCAAGAAUUUGUUAACAAAAAAAUGUAAUCGGCGUGUGAUUUUUCCAAAAGUGCUUGCGUCGUUUUUGCUAUAAAGUGAUGGUAUGCAAAUAUAGUUAUAUCAUAUUUUCUAUUGACGUAAAUUGUUCAGUCCGCCAUUGUUGAAAUACUCCGUCAUUUAUCCAGAUUUUUUAAAUAGUUUUCGACAGACAUAGUACCUAAGUUGUAGCAGAUACAUUUUAUUUUUAGUACUAUUUAUUAUUUGGAGAAUAUAAUAGGAUAAAAUAUACUUAUUCAGUAGCAAAAUUCAAUAUCCCACGGGCACGGAUAUAUAGCGCAGAUAUUAUUUAUUUCGUAAUAAUAUUUCAUAUUUUAGGUACUUUCUCAUUAAAUUGUGUACAAUCGGAUUGGUCAAUCAUGAUUUUGCUUACACUGAGUUUUAUCAGUCAUGACUUUGCUUACGUUCCGAUUGAUCAGUCAUGACUUUGCUAACGCAGGGAUUUACCAGUCAUGACUUUACUUACACUUUGAUUUAACAGUCAUGUCUUUGCGUAUACUAGUAUAGAUCAGUCAUUACUUUGCAUACACUCACAUUGUUCAGUCAUGACUUUAUCUAGUACUUAACAUUCGUGCUCGUGCAUACGUACAUUGCCUAUUUGUUACUCAUGUUUUUAAUAAGUUCAAAUUAGUUAUAUUUACUUCCCGGUGUUAAUAGAAACCCCCUAAAUACAUGAAAUAAGAUAAACAUGACAUAAUUACGGAAAUAUUAUACUUAAAACUAAUUUGAAAAAAGAGUUUAUGAAUUUUGUUUUUUUGUUUUUUUAAGGCAUCUUAUGAAGUUUUAAUUAACAUAUUAUAAUGCCUAUUCGGGCAGAUACAAAGUUAACCUAAUUUUAGUUUGACAGCUCCUAGUGCCGUCCUUCACUUACAAUAAGUGCUAGAAAGAGAUGGAGCUAGUUCUAGAACUGUCAAAAAAUUCGGUAGCCCGAAUCGACACCAAUGUUGCCAUUUUUGAGUACCGUAUUCUUUCUUACAGUGUUUUUUUUUAUUAUAGUACUUGGACAAUUGUUAAUUGGUAUUUUUUUAAACUGAAAUGAAGUACUCGAAAUACCAAUAUAACAUAGACAAACAUAAACUGAUUAACCGAAUGACAAGUGGCUUUUGAAUAGCUAUGAACAUUGCAUAGAAUACAAGAAUAGAAGAUUGGAAUCGACAGACGAAAUAUCUAUAAGGAAACUCUGAUCUGUCUUUCAUGUUUAUGGAGAAAAACAGGCGAAUUUACCAAGAAUAAAAAUUGUAGUAUAAUUAAUGAUUUACGAAGGUUUCGUUAUUAUUUUUUCAAAUAAAAUAUAUGUAGUUAAUAAAUAUCUACCUAGGCAAUUUAUUUCUUAUCCACUAGCAUAUAGGGGCCCUAAUAUUUUCUUGUUCUAUAAUUUAUUUUUUUUAAAGUUUGAAUGAUAUAUUCUUUAGUUUGUUCUUAUGUAACUUACCUUGAAAGGUGCCAAGUUAUUUUUGUUAGAAAUGUAUUUUUAAUUGAAAUAAUGAUGUCUCUAGGUAAGGCACUGAGUUUAGUAGUAGGGGAAGUAGGUUUAUCGUUUCAUAAGCAUUGUAUAGGAUUAUAUACUUUUUUAAAGAUCUCUUGUGGCUGAUUUAGCUGUAAAAUCUAUUAAAUCAACUCAAAAUUUUAUAUUUUACUGUUCCUUAAAUUAUCACAGAUGUAACGAUUCUUUUUUCAUAUUUAAGUCAUGAUAUUUUUGUCAUAGUCCUAUAUUUUUUUGAAUACGUAUAUACCGUCGAAGUUUAUGGCGCUGAUUCAGUGUACAGUCAUGAGCAACAUCAUGUACCCACUUUAGGACUCUGUCGCACUAACAUAUUUGACAUUUACUGAGACUUACAGUUCAAUUUGUCAAAAAAGUUAUUGUGACAUGGUACCAAAGUGUAUACAUAUUAAUGCUCGUGACCGUACACACCAUCUUAAUUUUAUUUUAAGUUAUACCUGUCAUUUUCUUAUCCGCCGAAAAGGAAACGGACGGGUAAUAGAUAAGCAUAAAAUUUUCGGAACACACAUGUCAAUUUUAAGCAGAAAACAACAACCCUCUUAAAAUUUUAUAUUGGCCAAUAACUUACAGAAUUAAGUUGACAGCACAAGUUUGAUGGGUUGCAUAUCAGUGAGACAUUCAUUCUCAUAUUCAUGUUAAAAUUAACAAUUGUCAAUCAUCCGUCCCUUUCCUUUUCGGCGGAUAUGAAAAUGUCAGGUAUAACUUAAAAUAAAAUUAGGAGUUGUCUGCAGGAAUUGGGGCCAUUAUCUUAUUCAACAGAAGAUUAACUGUUAAAUCACCAUAAUGUAAAAUUAUAAAAAUAAAACCUACAGACAUCAUUACUAGAUAAAAGAAAGUCGUUCCAAAUUAUGAAUAUAUUAACGUCAAUAUCAUUAAUAUAAGGUGACACUGGAGGGCUAAAACUAAUAACUAUAGAUUAUAUAAUGUUAAGGUAUGCCUUGGUAAUAUUGAAAUAGUUAAUAUUGCUAAAUAAGGUAAAGUUAUUAGAUCUCCAGUGCGGAUUUUAUUGUAAAAAUGUGGUCACACUAAAUUCUGUUAUGCGUAGUAAGGGUUGGGUCACAUGUCGACAGUCGAAGGGAUAAAAUAAACAUUUCUUUUUAUCGAAAAAAAAACGGACCUGUCAAAUCUUCAGGUUAGGUAAGCGGACCUUGUGACAAAACGGGAUGACGCUAGGGCGAUGAUGUGGUCCGAAAAAUGGGUAGUUUGGCGCUAAAAAAUAAUCGCGGCGAAAUUGCGGAGUGCUUGCAGCCUCGCCGUGAAUCGCUGAAAAAUCGCCGAUGAAUCGCUAGUGUGAACAGAGUCUUAUGGUGAUAGGUGAUCAGACCGUCGCCCGUUUAACUACCUAUCGCUUUUAUGAAUCUACUCCCGAGCUACGCGAAACAGAUAUUAGAAAUAUUUUCGGAUGUAGAGUAAGUAGGUACGUGACACCUAUAUUUAUAAAGAUAAAAAGAUAGAUAAGUUUAAAAGAUAAGAACUGGAGUGGACGGAGCCUAUAAAGAUAAACCCUUACGAAUAUUCUGGCGUUUAUACAUACAUAAAAUCACGCCUAUUUCCCAUUAGGGUAGGCAGCGACCACGGAAUUACACUUACUACGAUCCUGACACACUUUCCGUUCUCCCCCUCUCAUAAAUACUUUACAUAUAAAUUACUAAAAUAAUUUACAAAUUAAAUAAUAAUAUAAAUGAAUAAUAAAGAUUCAAAUAUUGCGUUUCGAGAUUUGGGAGGCAUAUCCAUGUUAAGACAAAUCUCGAAAAUGGUACUACGUAUCCCGAUCACGGGUCAUAAGUCUAGAUUCUUCUAUAGGAAAAAAAGGAAGAAAUGCUAACGGUCUGUCCGCUCGUGCAGUCUGUCUGUCGGACGUGCAGCUUAUAAAGGAAUUUCUUUUAUCUUAUAUUUGAUAAAAAAAUUGGUAAGGGUCGGGUGAUAAUGGUAUUUAGUAUAGUUGAUUUAAGGUCGAACUGCAUCUAGCCGCACCGCAUCGCACUUUCCUAUGUUUAAAUCCUUUCUUGCCACUCGGAAAUUGGAUAAUGCGACAACAAAGCGACCACACUUCCCACUCUUUAUCUCGCUCAAGCAAAUGACGGUUCUAAGUGAGAGAAAAAGAUAGAAGACGCAUAGGAAAGUGUGAUGCGGUUCGGCCCCAUGUAGUUCUACCCUUACCGUCUAUAGAAGCGCGGGUUGACUGAAUAAUUUCUGAGUUAAAUACGUUCUACAUGGCUGUGUAAAUAUAGGAUAUUUAGUGUGACCAAAUUUUUUUUUAAAGAGUUUCAGCUCAAUAGAACUAUUGUGUAUAAUAAUGUAGACUAUUAAGGAGUUUAUGAGAAAGAGGAUUUGGUAUAUGAAUGUAAUUUUGUUACACAUAAUCCGGGAAACGGGAGCGGGGCUUACGUUAUUGUUAGAGCCAUAUUACAUUGUCAGUAUUUCAUCAGUCUGCUCAGAUUGAUAGGAGCCUACUGACAGACGGACUGAUGGUGCGGAAUGAUGAAAAAAUCAUACCAAUAACCAUCCGUCAUCAUCAGUCCCCCUGAUCACAUACUGGUGCCGACUCCUGUACACAUCUAAUUUUAUUUUAAGUUAUACCUGUCGUUUUCUUAUCCACUGAAAAGGAAAGAGACGGGUGACUCCUGUCGACUGACAGGCAUAAAAUUUAUAGAAUAAACGUCAUUUUUAAACAGAAAUUUAAACAACCCUCUCUAAAUUUUAUAUUGACCAUUGACCCGACAUAAUUAAGUUAACAGCCCUUGACAAUGUCACGUAUUCAUUUUAAAAUUGACAGUUGUCAAUCAUUCGUUCUUUUCCUUUUCGGCGGAUAAGAAAAUGACAGGUAUAACUUAAAAUAAAAUUAGGAGUUCUCUGCAGGAAUCAGUGCUAUUGGCCGUGUAACCUGACUCUCACUGGUUAGCGAACUCUCAACUUCCCCGCGGCCUUCCAUCCCGUACUUUGCCACAUUUGUCUUAGCAAACAGAACAGCUUCCUCUUUCUUAUUGCUCCGUGAAACUAACUCAUUUAUAACACAGAUGCGGCUGAUUAUAUUGUUUCUUAAAUUUGUAAAUUGAUUUUAUAUUUUUUUCUCUUUAGUUCCUUUGCCAUCUGUUUUAUUGGUGAGUUGGGUGAGCGGUUAAAACUCGUUUACGAAGCAAGUUUUUUGACAUACAUACUAUUAAACGGAACGACCAGGGGGGUAAAAAAUGGCCACUUUGCGCAUAUAAAAGUAAGUGCGCAAUGCAAACAAAUGUCAAAAAGCAAUAUUACUUUCUUAGAUGAAUUGCUUCCAUGUGGCCAUUUUAACCCCCCUGUUCUGUAAUAAAGGAUUUUUGUUUUUAUAGCACUCAACUGUACACUUAUCGAUCCAAGAAAUAUUAGUACUCAAUAUUUCGGAUAGAUGGCACCGGUAUCGGUGUAAUGACAAUAUAAAUCAAAAAUUCGCAUGGACAGGAGGAAGACCCGGUGGUGUAAUGGUUUAAUGCGCUCGUCCCGGCUUGACAAGAGCUGCGGUUUCGAGUCCCAUCCGAGUCAGAUUUUUUCGACUUAUUUUUUUUUCUGUAAUAGUCGCGAUGUAUAAAACUCAAUAUACAUUUUUUUAAACUUGCUUCGUAACGCGGUCAGAGUUCCGCCAAUAAUUAAAAAAAAGUUUUUAUACAUUUGGGGUGACCCAUCAUCCGUGGUCGAUUACCUCAAAUAUGUACAGAACUCUAGCCUUGUGUAAUAUAUCGGUAGAUAGUUUGUAUACUAAAUAUAUGAGAAUAUUAUUAUAUUUAUGUACUGGAAUUAUUAAUUACGGGAGCAGCCGGGGAAGGGUUUACUGAAUACAGUCCCACCAAAAACAUUUUCACGUAAAAUGUUGCCAAGACGAAACCGUUCGAUCGCAAUGCCAAAAUCAGAUCUCAUGUAGAUCCAAGCUUUUAACUCUAUACGCCUUAACUGUCAAACACUAAGUUCACAUUCUCUACACGUGAGGCAAAAUAUGGGGUUUGUCCGUUUCGUUGCUACAAGAACUAUAUAACCGAAUGACAAUAAACAGUUAAUUUUGUUACCUUACGCUCACGGUGAUGGAAGCGAAAUAGUUUUUUCACUUUAAGCUCAUGUGACGGUAGCGAAACGACUAACGGUCCUUGCGCUUCGUUUUAUACGUUUUGUCGGGGACACACCCGUACAGUCACGAGCAAUAUCAUGUACCCACUUUAGAACCCUGUCGCACUAUCAUAUUUGACAUUUAAUUAGACUAAGGGGUAAUUUGUCAAAAAAGUUAAUGUGACAUGGUUUCAAAGUGUAUAUGUCGCAGGGAUAUGAUAAAAACGGGGAUUUGAUCAAUUCCCUAAGGGAUUUGAUCAAAUCACGGAAGAUGUUAAACUCGUGACCGUACCAUCAGAUUUAAAGAAUGGUAGUAUUAGAUGAUUUAUUUAAUUUAUACCACUUGAGUAAGCAUCAAAUCAUGUACGUAUACCAUAUUAUAUUUUGUAUAACAUAAGCUCACGGCUGCAACCAAUUUUGUGUACUUACAUAAAAUGAAUUCCUUUGCAAAAAGCUAACGCCAAUGAAUCUAGACUGUUAUAAUUUUAACUUACUUGUUUCUUUAAAAUACCCAAAUUUUGAAAUUGGGGAAAAAAGUCUUUUAGAUGUGAUAUUUUUGAAAUUCAAGAUGGCCGUUCUUUUUUGCAAAGGGAUUUGUUUUCCUGGAUAGGUAUGAUAGACCCUACCCCGGCUGGCUAGAGUAAGCACAUAGACAGUGUAACGAUGCUUUCCCAAUAUUCCCAUUUUGUAAAGCAACAACUGGAUAUUUUUUAUCGUCUCGAUAGAUGUUGUUAAAUUAAAGAUUUGUUAGUA